CCGAGAGAGCCUCGUUCGUCGCUUUCUCAUUGGUCCGCGCUCUCCCUCCAUUCCCUCUCCGCCUCCUCUUUGCAUCUUCCCCUCCGCUUUAAGCGAGAGGCCAAGGAGCGCAAUUCAAAGCAAAGAGAGAGAGAGAGAGAGAGAGAGAGAGAGAGAGAGUGGGAAUCGCCGUGCCCUAAAAACCUAGCCUCCCAAGUCCCGAUUCCGAAGGCGAUCGAUCUGCAUUGAUCUGUUUGUUUCUAUUGUAAUAUUCUUCUGGAAGCGUUUGGAUCUCCGAUUUUGCGUGGAGAGAGGCUAUUUCUUUAAAGAUAUGGCGGAUCAGGUUAACCACCCCACAAUCAUUCAGAAGGUCGGUGGUCAAUUCCGCAUCAAUUCAAACUUCUCUCAAGGCCUGCAUACUCACAACAGUGGCUUUUGCAUGCUCUCUUCAUAUGAGAGGCGCUUAACAACAGUGAACUUCAUGAAUGAGGGCCUAAGGAGUCCUCUUAUGCCACUAGAUGGUUGCAGCAUCACUCUUCCUGUGGCAGCAUCUGUAUUUCCUGUUUAUGCUAAUGCACCUGCUGAGAAAGGCUUUGCCAACUUUGCUAUUGACUUCCUUAUGGGAGGAGUGUCUGCUGCUGUUUCCAAAACUGCCGCUGCUCCUAUUGAGCGUGUGAAGCUCCUGAUUCAGAACCAGGAUGAAAUGAUCAAGAGUGGUAGGCUAUCUCAGCCGUAUAAGGGGAUCACGGACUGCUUUGGUCGGACAAUCAAAGAGGAAGGUUUUGCCUCCUUAUGGCGGGGGAACACAGCAAAUGUGAUCCGCUAUUUCCCGACACAGGCUUUGAACUUUGCAUUUAAGGACUACUUCAAGAGGCUGUUCAAUUUCAAGAAAGACAAAGAUGGGUACUGGAAAUGGUUCGCCGGUAAUCUCGCUUCAGGUGGUGCGGCCGGUGCUUCUUCACUUCUGUUUGUGUACUCUCUUGACUAUGCCAGGACUCGUCUGGCAAAUGAUGCAAAAGCAGCUAAGAAAGGAGGCGAGAGACAAUUCAAUGGUCUUGUUGAUGUCUAUAGAAAGACUUUGCAAUCAGAUGGUAUUGCCGGCCUUUAUCGUGGAUUUAACAUUUCUUGUGUUGGAAUUAUCGUCUAUCGUGGCCUGUACUUUGGUAUGUAUGAUUCUUUGAAGCCGGUGGUGCUUACUGGAUCAAUGCAGGAUAGUUUCUUUGCAAGCUUUGCCCUUGGUUGGCUCAUAACAAAUGGAGCAGGACUUGCAUCCUAUCCGAUUGAUACUGUGCGCAGAAGGAUGAUGAUGACCUCUGGUGAAGCUGUCAAGUACAAGAGCUCCUUCGACGCUUUCUCUCAGAUUCUCAAGAAUGAGGGGCCCAAGUCUCUCUUCAAGGGCGCAGGUGCGAAUAUUCUGCGCGCGGUAGCCGGUGCCGGUGUCCUUGCCGGGUACGACAAGUUGCAGCUGAUCGUCUUUGGAAAGAAGUACGGAUCUGGCGGCGCUUAAGGAAAGAGGUUAUUUACAAUAAGAUCAUCAUUUUCAGAUGGUGAUGAAAACGUGUUUUCUUCAAAAAAUUUUGAUUUGAGGAGUUUUUCACUUUGAUUUUGUUUAAGCAUUUUUAACGGUUUUAAUAAUUAUUGUAGAGGGAGAUAUUCGCCCUUCAUUCUUUUUGGUGGAGCUUUGUUCUCCAAAAACACAAUUGUUCAGAGUAGUAACCUCUCGUGAGGAGGUGAGGUUGAGUUGAACCUGACGUUUCUCCCUUUACUGCUGCAAAACUUUUAUUUUUUUUAAUUUAAUGACAUCAAGGAAUGGAUAGUUGGUCUUACUCCAAA